AUGGAGAAAUCAGAAGGAUCCAUUGUUGAAACAAGAAAGGAACUUAUGGUUUCACUCUCUGGCGAUGCACAGCCAACACUUAGAACAGCCCAUUUUAUCAAACCCUCAAUUACCUCCUCCAUUGAUGAAAACACUCCCAAACACCCUUCACACUACAACUCAUUGCCCUCUAAAUUUGAACCCAAAAGGUGGCCUUUAAGAAUCACAUUCCAUGGGUGGAGAUAUCCUCAAAGGAAGUGGAAAGAAUGGGUUGAUAAAAUGGCUGCUUUGCAUGAAACAACAUGGAGAAAAGUUGGAAUCUAUCAAGCAGUCAUGAGUUCUCUUUACCAAAUCGGAAGAAACGAUGAUUUGCUUCUUGGGUUAGCAGAGAAAUGGUGUUUCGAAACGAACACAUUCAUUUUUCCUUGGGGUGAAGCAACAAUCACCUUGGAAGAUAUUUUGGUUGCAGGGUACUCUGUGUUGGGGUCCUCUGUUUUUAGCCCUCCUGAAACAGAGGAAUUGAAAGAAGCUGAACAAAAGCUAAUGGAAAUCAGAAAACACUUGAGGCAGUCUAAAGCAAAAAAAGUGAACCACCAUUCCUGGAUUAAAUAUGUCAUGGAAAACAACAGCGAAGUCGAGCACGAGGCUUUUCUAUCACUAUGGUUGUCAAGGUUUGUUUUUCCUAGUCUACCAUUUAUGGGAAUUUCCAUACAUCUUUAUCCAAUUGCUGUUUGUCUAGCUAGAGGUAUCAAAAUUGCACUUGGACCUGCCCUUCUUGCAAGCAUUUACCGAGACUUGAGGUUGUUGAAGAAAACGAUUCUAGCUUUGUCCAAUUUAGAGUAUUUUGAGGAUGACAAUGAUGAUCAAAAGUUAGAACUCACCAUUUGGUCACCAUUUCAUAUAGUUCAGGUUUGGGCCUGGGAGAGGUUUACAAAAUUGCAACCAAAGCCUAAUGUGACUGACUUUGAAGUGCCGAGAUUAGCUAGAUGGCAUAAUGUGAAUAGUUCAACCGUUAGGAAUGUAAGUUUGGCCCUAGAUUCUGAAGGAAGUUUCCAGUGGCGCCCUUAUGCCACAGCCGUGGUGAGUUUGUGUUACAAAAUUUAUGGUGAUGAAGAGAAGUGGGUGCUUGUUGAUGUUGAUGAGGAAUCGAAGUCCUUUACUCGAUGCUUGAGAGCAUGUGAAUUAGUUGGAAUAGGGUGUGUAGAACAGUACAGCCCGCAUCGAGUGGCAAUGCAGUUUGGCAUGGAUCAGGAUCUUCCAGGUCCUGUAAAGAGAAGAAAUGAAACUCAAGAACUUUCCUGGAAGUGUUUUGAUAAGCAAAUCAAGAAUGCAAUGCUAUAUAUUCCAUCAAGACAUCGUAAGCCAGAUGUUACUUUGAGAUACUUGGAAUGGUGGAAGCAAUCAGGCCCACAACCUUUUGUUCGGCAUUCCGAGGAUUCAUCUAUCAUGGCUCACUCUGGGGCAUGA